CUCUCCUCUCUUCCUCUCUCUCUAGCUCUCUCUCUCUCUCCCCUCCUCUGUGCAAGUGUACCAGAGCACGAUGCAGGCCGUUGCGAGGCGUCUAGGCCAUCAAUCUCUGAGUCCCUCACCUUCAAUCUCAGCGCUCAAGUCCAUCCACCCUCUCUUUGAUUCCUAUUAUGGAGCUGAUCAUCCAAGGUGCGGAUCUACGCUCGCCACCAAGGGGCUCGGACACCUCGUUCGGAAGGGGACGGGUGGAAGAUCAUCUGUUAGUGGCAUAGUCGCUACCGUCUUUGGAGCUACUGGAUUCCUUGGUCGUUAUGUUGUACAACAACUUGCUAAGAUGGGAUCUCAAGUUUUAGUUCCUUUCCGGGGUUGUGAAGAUUCCCAUCGUCAUCUCAAGCUGAUGGGUGAUUUGGGACAGAUAGUGCCAAUGAAAUACAAUCCAAGAGAUGAGGCUUCAAUUAAAGCCGUAAUGGCAAAGGCUAACGUAGUUGUCAACCUUAUUGGACGGGAAUACGAAACAAGGAACUACAGCUUUGAGGUAGCAAACCAUUUUAUGGCUGAACAACUUGCAACGAUUGCUAAAGAACAUGGUGGUAUCAUCAGAUAUAUCCAAGUUUCUUGUUUAGGGGCAUCUGCAUCAUCCCCGUCCAGAAUGCUAAAAGCUAAAGCUGCUGCAGAAGAAGCUGUAUUGCGAGAAUUGCCUGAGGCCACAAUUAUGAAACCAGCCAUAAUGAUUGGUACAGAGGAUCGUAUUAUGAAUCGGUGGGCACAAAUUGCUAAAAAGUAUAGCUUUCUUCCACUCAUUGGGGAUGGAUCUACCAAAAUCCAACCUGUUUAUGUUGUUGACGUUGCUGCUGCAAUUGUGGCUGCUCUGAAAGAUGAUGGCACCAGCAUGGGAAAAAUUUAUGAACUUGGUGGGCCAGAGGUCUUUACAGUGCAUGAAUUGGCAGAGCUCAUGUACGAGACGAUCCGUGAGUGGCCUCGCUACCUAAAAGUUCCUUUUCCUAUUGCAAAGGCCAUUGCUACACCACGAGAAAUAUUGCUUAACAAGGUUCCUUUCCCAUUACCCAAGCCUGACAUUUUCAACUUAGAUCAGAUCCUUGCCCAAACUACAGAUACAGUCGUGUCAGAAAAUGCUUUGACUUUCAAUGAUCUUGAAAUAAUGCCGCAUAAGCUGAAGGGAUACCCUAUUGAGUUUCUUGCCUGCUAUCGCAAGGGUGGUCCGCAGUUUGGUUCUACAAUCAGUGAAAGAGUCUCUCCGGAUGCCUGGCCAUGAGUUUAAAGCCCCAGACAUUUAUUUAUUUUGUUGAAGAGUGCAACCCAAUUAGGAACGUCUAAUCAGGUUUGGGUGCAACAAUUUUCUUUUAUUCUCUCACGAUGUUCAGGGGAAAAAAAAAUGUGUGAAAGUUGUUGUGCAUCAAAAUUGUUAGCCAUCGAGAAAACUUCCAUUGCGGUUUUGGGUGUGGGGAGUUGCUAACAAGUUUGACCUUGGAAUGACAGGUUUUCUUCGAGGUGCCUUUAAGAAUAAAGACAUGGAGAGUGUUUCUUCAGUUAUUUCUGAUCUGGAUAAUUUGAGAACACAUUGCAAAUUGUAAUUCCGAAAUAUUUGGAAUUUUUUGUUUUGGGUAUUCAUAAGCCCCAGAGUAAUGGAGGGAUCUCCUUUUAUCCUGUUCUGAACUUUGAACUGAAAUGCCAUUUCCUAUUCGAAUCGU